CGCUUAAGCGCGCUGGGAAAUGCAAAGGGAGCGGAGUUCUUGGACUUUCGCGCCCCGCGAACGCUGAGGCGGCGAUGUGGAAGUUUCAGUGGCGAUGUUUACACAUCGCACCGGGUACUCGUUUUGAGGCUGAGUCGACCUAGGGGAGGCCCACGACCGGUUCAGGCAAUCGUCACCGGUGUUGGUCGUGAGCGGGAAUCGAACCCGGAUCGUCAGGAAGGAGAGUGUGCGUGUUGGUGAAGGCCGAGGUCGUGAUGGACAUGAUAGAGGAUUACUACAGCAAGGAAGACGGAGGCUGGCAGGUGGUGAAUGUGAAGACCAAUCCCAACCGGCAAUCUCACGGGGCAGCCCCGGAUCCGGAGGGUGAGGUCCUGAGGCCCCUCCUGAUUGGCCAAAGCAACGUCCUGCAGCAGUUCCACGUGGAGCAGCUCUCACGCCACCUGCCCCCGCGCACUGUGGGUUACCCGUGGCAACUCAAGUACGGGACGGCAACGCACGGCACAAGCCUGCGCACGCUGUACCGCACGCUGGCGCCGCUCAGCUCGCCCGUCCUGCUCGCCGUGCAGGACACGCACAAGCAGGUGUUUGGGGCCUUGGCCUCGGAGCCGUUCAAGGUCAGCGAACAUUUCUACGGGACCGGAGAGUGCUUCCUGUUCACCUUUAACCCCGACCUCAAGGUUUUCCGCUGGACCGGAGAUAACACGUUCUUCAUCAAGGGGGACCUGGAUUCACUGGGGAUGGGAAGUGGAAGGUGAGGGAGUCUUGGUGUUUUAUUCUUCUCACUCUUAUUUUACCCAAUUGUGUCCC